GGCGUUGCAGCUUGUCUCUAAAGGCAUUCACCGCUUCUACGCCUCUGUUUGGGAAAACUCUGUCGACCAGAAAGAAAAAGCACGAUAAGUAGCAGCAGUUCUUUGUGAAUGGUGCUUUGUGAUAUAGGGAUAGUGAUCCAAACCCAUUUAAAAUGCUAAAGGGAUUCAGAUUGCUUUGGUUAUUUUGGUAUAUUCUAUUAAAUCUAGAUAUCAGCAUGAAGUACAUGAGCUAACUACAUAAUGGCGACCUUAAAAGAAGUGGAUCACACAGCUGUGAAUGGAUCAGACAAGGAGCUUCCAACACAGAAGGACGCAGUUGGGGAGCAGCCUUACAAGACACCAGAAAGGAGACAUGUCGAUGCCCUUCUAGAUAUUAGUGAAGAGGACUUCUUGACAGAACUGGAGCCAUAUGAGUAUCAUUGUUACUCUGGUUGGGAAGAAGCUGUCCAGGGUUGGGCCAGAGUUGCUCCACUGAGCUGCAUACUUUUGACUCAGAAGAGAUACAGGAAACCAAGGCAUAAAGAGGCUGACAACCCGACCCCCUUGUCUGUUGACCCAACAAUCCCUAAUGCAGACAGCUCAGCCAGCAUUGCAGAGCAUAACUGUGAGUCUCAUGUGGGACAACAUAACAGCUUUAAGAAAACCAUGCUAUUACACCAACAUCCUGGAUCCUGGAGUAACACUGCUGUGGCAGCUCUGCAGAAAGAUGCCUCAGAAUGGCCUGUCGAAGAAAAGACAGAGGGGGAAGGGACACUCAGAGAUACUCCUUUGCAGCCUCACCAUCUCUCCUCAAAAUACUUUGUGUCGGAGAACAGACCCACUAAGCCUCAAAAACACAGCCAUAGGCCUAAUAGUACAGUGGUUCCCAUUAAAAACUUCACAUUUUUACCACCAAUUAAAUCACCACAUUGGAAUCCUCAGAAAGUCAGUGUCCAGCUCUGCAGUGACAAGAAAGCUCCAGAUGGAGAAACCAUAGAGGAAAACUGUUUCAUGUUUGAUAAGAUGAGCAGGACGAGAGGAACAAGAGUGGACCUUGUUGCUAACCCAGAGCUUCCCACUUACUCUGCAGCCCUUACCUCCAAAUACCGUUCAUAUCAGCAUAACCCCCACUUGUUCUCUGCUGUAAGUGUUUCUGUCCCCAAGAGGUAUCAAGUACCUAUGUCUUCCAAACCUGACACAGUGCAUCACACUAACUACUCAAUGUGCAAGCGCCUCACACAGGCCCUCCACUCCGGCAAUGCAGCAGGUGCACAAGCACAUAUGCACCCCAGCAAGACUGUGUGUGCUGUCAAGCUGUACGAGGGCUGUGAAAUAAAUGUUUAACAUGACUGAUGAUGACAUUUAAGUAUGAAAUCAUUUUAAUCUCUCAGGUUCAACCAAGUAAAAACAACCUGUUUUGUCUUAUUUUGUAUUACUGCAUUAUACAACAGUUCCAUCAAAACAGUUAGUUGGAAGAAUGAUUUCAAUGUAUGAGACAUGUUCAUAAAAGUAACUCAUUGCAGAGGUAAUUCAUUUGGUUUAGUGUUCCGUCAGUUCAGCCUGGCAUAACAUUUCAGACCAUACUAACCAUAACAGUAACAGUGUGAAAAGAAUAUUGAAAUGUUAAGCUCUAUAUGUCAUUUGGGCCUUUAUUUCAUUCUGACCAGUUCCCACAAGUGCUAUUUUCAGCUGUUCUAGUUACCUAGCAACGGUGCAACUACCUCAUAGGAAGCAGUGUGCCAGCCUCCCACUUUCUACUAUUUAAACUUAAACCACAAGCUACAGCUCAGUCAAAACUUCAGUGUUGCACUGUAGCCUGCAACUAUACAUGAUGAUGAAAUAAACCGUUGCCAAAGUACUGCAUGUGCUCUGUCAAAUUUAAUUGUACACAACUUUAGUUUUAUAUCAGUCAGGAGGUGAUUCUGGGUGAUUGUGGAUGGGUUCUGUGUUAUGCAAUGUACAAGGGUUAUCAGUGCAGCAUUAUGUUGAGAUCCCUAAACAUACUGUGCGUCAUGUUGGUCUGCAAAGGCCAGCCAAUUAGUGCAACAUUAUUCACAACAGAGAUGAUCUUUUUUCUUUGCCUCUUUGUCAUUUAUCUGCCUUGUAAAAUAAAAAAUAAUCCACUUAA